UCCAUGGUGAGGAGAAAGAAGAGCCCCCCUGGGCCAGAGGAACAGCACAAUGGGAUGACAGUGAAGCUGGGAGACAGCAGCGGGGAGGAAGGGGUGAAAAAGCUAGGCAAGCGAGCAGGAGGAGAUGAGGAGUCCCUGGAAGAAGGGGCAGGAAGAGGAGGAGAGACAGCUCCAGGCAGGAGCAGCACAAAGAAAGAAGAGAAGAUUAUUAACAACAACACUAAUAACCCCUCAUCCAGCCCCAAUUUACCCCAAGCCCCAUCUUCUCUCCAGCCCUCCCACAGCCAGGACCAACAUCAUUUUCUCAGGUCCAGUGUCAGACCUCAGAGCAAGAGGUUAAGGAAGGAUUCUCAGGCUUCCUGCUCACUUGGCAAUAGUAGCAGCACUACUGCAAAAGGAAAAGGGACAGAUAAUGGAGGGACCUCAUCUGGUAGCACAUCAGGAUUUCCUCCCAGCGCUCCUGCUGGGAGUUCUAAGACUGCCGCAAGGAACCUGGGGACCUCAGGUGGAGAGAAGGAGGAAGGAAAGAAAGUCAGACGUCAGUGGGAAUCAUGGAGCACAGAGGAUAAGAAUACCUUCUUCGAGGGACUUUAUGAGCAUGGGAAGGACUUUGAAGCUAUUCAGAACAACAUUGCUCUGAAGUACAAGAAGAAAGGCAAACCAGCAAGCAUGGUGAAGAACAAAGAGCAGGUCCGGCACUUCUACUACCGCACCUGGCACAAGAUCUCUAAAUAUAUUGAUUUUGAUAAUGUGUUUUCUCAAGGGCUGAAAAAAUCCUCCCUGGAGCUUUAUGGCUUAGUCUGUUAUGGGGAACUAAGGAAGAAGAUUGGGGGCUGUAUGGAUGAUAAAAAUGCAACAAAACUUAAUGAACUGAUUCAAAUUGGGGCCACGACUGUUCGCUACAAAGGGAGAAACCUUCGGAUUAAAGCUCCAAUGUGCAGGGCACUGAAGAAACUUUGUGACCCAGAUGGCAUUAGUGAUGAGGAGGAUCAGAAGCCAGUACGUCUUCCUCUGAGGGUCCCUGUGGAGUUACAGCCACGAAAUAAUCAUGCAUGGGCUCGGGUGCAGAGCCUUGCCCAGAAUCCACGGCUCAGGAUGAUAGUGGAGUUACAUCGGAAGGUCUCCAGCCUCAUUGAGUUCCUGAAACAGAAGUGGGCUCUCCAUGAAGUGCGCAUUCGUCAAACACUAGAGGAACGGCAGCUUCAGGACUCCAGAGAUUCAGAAGCAAGAGGCAACCUCUCAGAGGAGAAAGUGAUGCUUCAUCUCUUCCCAGGAGAGAACUGUACUCUCACUCCUCUCCCUGAGGUGGCCAGAGUAGUCCACUCCAAGGCUUUCUGCACAGUGCAUUGGCAGGAAACCGGCAAAUGCAAACAGAACACAAAGGACUCUCACUUAUUGCCUCCUGCUCAAAUCCUAGGCAUACAGAGUGGUCAGGGGACAGCCAGAGGGCAGCUGAAGUACCCUCGGGGAUCAGAGGGUAAGAGUGGCGGAAGGACAGAGAGCACUAUAGAGCCAGGCAGAACCUCUCAGCCCAUAGCCGAAGUCUCUGCAAGCCCUGGAGAUGUCUUCCCAGAGAGUGGCCUGACAGAAGGCCCCCCUGAUCUCAGCAUCACAAACUCUCUCGAAAAACCACCUUCUGGACUUCAGGACCCGGGAGGGAGUCUGGAGAAGCCAAUCCCUGUGGUUUUCUGCACCGAGGGCGAGGAGGCCCUGGCCAGUGACCAAGCAACCAAGCUACCAUCAUGCAAUACAGCUUGUGUUUGCAGCAAGAUCCCUGACCUGGAGGAACUCUCUCUGCUUGAUCCAUUCCCUCGGUAUAUGAAGUCCUGUCAAGAUCUGAUUGUCCCAGAGAAAUGUUUUUGCACAGACAAACUGCAAGGGAAAGAUCCUGGUCCCUCAGCGGGGAGUGCCUCUCCUGUGGCUCUUCCAGCUGAGAGUACAGAGGCAGCUGACCCCUGUUCUGCACAGAUGGCAAGAGGUAGGAUAGCAUUGUCUGGCAGUGGCCUAUCCAGAUCUGAAACUCAAGCUAGCCACAGCCAGGGACCACAGCCUGAUGCUUUUACUAAGGUUUUACAAGAUGCAGUAGUGGAGGAGACUCAAGAGAAGCUGAGCUCUUCAUUUCUGCAUUCACCUCCGGGACAACCUUCUGCAAAGCCUCUGAAGGAUGACCCGAGCCGACUUGCUCAACAGGUCAGAGAGGAGGGAUGGAGUCUACGAAACUCUGAGAGCCUUACGUUGGCUGAGGUUUACCUCAUGAUGGGCAAGCCAAACAAGCUGCAGCUGGAAUAUGACUGGCGAGCUGUGUUAGGGCCAGAAACCCAGGAUUCCAGGGAGGAAACAUCCGAACCCAGUGCUGUCCCCACAUCUUCCAUCUUUCACAAACAAAGACUCCUCAACUGCCUCUUAAAACUCAUUUCCACCGAAGUCAACCCCAAACCAACCCCUGAGGUGAACUCUGUCGCCACAUCCCCUAUAAAACCUACUCAAGAAGAGCAAUCACUGACUCCUCCUGGAAAGGUGAUUGCCGUCAGCACCAGGAGUCCAGGCUGUGCACGAAACCAAUCUGCUCUUCGCAACAAGACCUUUUCUCCCAAUAUUAGUUCCAGCUCCUCAGGUUUGAGGAACCCCCCUAGACCUCUCUUGGCGGCUGGUCCCUCAAGUUCUGGAGGAGCUGAUGCAGACGGUGGGCUCUUUGCAGUUCCCACGACUCUACCACCCAAUAGCCGACAUGGAAAGCUGUUCUUGCCUAGCAAGGAAGCAGAACUGACCUUCCGACAGCACUUGGACACAAUUAGUAUGCAGUCAGACUACUUCUUGCCAAAACCAAGGAGAUUGCGGAACAGGCACCUGCGGAAGCCAUUGGUGGUACAGAGAACACUGCUCCCCAGGCCAUCGGGAAAUCCGUCCCAGCAUGUCUGCUCCUUCUCCAUCUUAUCCAACUCUUCCAUAACAGGGAGAGGUUCAUUUCGGCCAAUCCAGUCUUCACUGACUAAAGCUGCCGUUUCUCGACCCAUUGUGCCCAAGGUUCUUCCAACACAAGCUACCAAUCACCUGUCCAGUGCUAUUGACUUGGCAGCUAAAAGUGCUGGUAUUAUCCCUGGCAGCCCCUUGCCUGUCCUGGAUUCUGAGGGCUUGUCAGGUGUGUCUCCGCUGUCACCAGACGGUGUGGCUGCAGUGGUCAUGGGGCAGGAGUCGGCCGAGGCAGAUCAGAAUGGAAGCUCCAUCGGCACACUAGGGGGUUCAAGCAGUAGGUGUCGGGUUCCUUUCAUUAACCUACCCACACAGCAAGAGCAGAAGGCGGUCCCUGAUGGAUUCCAGCAGGACACAUCAGUCCUUUCUCUGUCAGAACUGUCCAAGACCCCUCUCCAGAAUGGUCUCUCCACUCCUCCGCUUCCUCCGUCACAGGCCUCCAGUACCCAUCUGUGUCCUCCCAACGUCUCUGCUCUGCUGGAUAUCUCUCUUCCUGGACCACCUGAAGAUGUGCUUUCUCAGGGAGAACCUGCCACUCAAAUAAGUGACUCUAUCAUUGAAAUCGCUAUCAGCUCUGGUCAAUACAAUGAAGGUGUUUCCCUCUCCCCUGCGAAACUGAAUGGCAGUGACAGCUCCAAAAGUCUUCCAUCCCCCUCUAGCAGUCCUCAGCAGAACUGGAUUGCCUCUCCGAGCCAUGAUCCACAGUGGUACCCCAACGACUCUACCGACUCAUCUCUCAGCAGCCUGUUUUCAAGUUUCAUCUCUCCCGAGAAGGGCCGGAAAAUGUUGCCAACUCCUGUUGGAACUGCCAGUGGCACCUCCUUAUUGGGACCCAGCCUGCUGGAUGGAAACUCACGGGACUCUUUUGUGUCUCGAUCUCUGGCAGAUGUAGCAGAGGUGGUGGAUUCCCAGCUGGCUUGCAUGAUGAAUGAGAACAGCAUAGAUUACAUAUCUCGUUUCAACGAUCUUGCCCAGGAGCUGUCAAUACCUGAGCCAACCCGUAGGGAAAUCCUCUUUGAUGGAGGAGGAGGCGGCCCCCCCAUUGGUGACCUCUCACAGUGAGCAUAAGAGACCAGUACGCUGGUGGAGACUGUUCAGCUUAGUGGAAUUUAUUGUACUGGAUCUGAGAGGCAAGUUGAGGAUAUGCAAUUGAUGUCCAAAUGCUGUCGUCCAGUGCACGCCUUUCUAGAAGAGCAGCAUUGUCUUUAGAGGUCUGAAGAAGUAUCUGCAAGUCCUAGAAUGUGCAAUACGCUGGGGAAAAUGUAACGUGAAACAUUACAGGGAGUGAUGUGUCUGCAUCAAUGAUAUAAGAUGGUGAAUAAAUGAGUUUGAGGUGGUCCUGGAUUUGUACUUUUGGCAUGGCCUAGGCAAGAAGCUUGGACAAGAGUAUGGCUAGAAACUUCUUCAACUUGAAUCUUUUUUUGCAUGCUGAUCAACAUACCAUGAUUUGGGAUCCACAUUGAAAUUGAGGGGUGGAGGGAGAGGGAAAUCCUUUUUCUAUUCACAUCUUGAAACGUACUGUUUGGCACGAUUGUCGAAUCAGUCAAACUGAAGUUUCUUGCACUCUCCUGAAAGGCACCAUUACUCUGUGAUACUUGUGCUGCAAUUUAAAAAACAUUGUUUCUUUG